GAUAAAAGAAGAGAGUGACUUAAAUAAAAUGCUUGUGUAUACAGUUAAAAAAAACUUCUGUGCAGUUUAUUACCAUCUUUCAAGCAAACAUAUUGGUGUAAAAUAUCAAGAAACGCUUUGGAAUUUGUGUUUAUAAAAAUCUUCAGAGCAACAGUCGUUGCAAUAAUUUGAAUGCCGAAUUAUUAAGAACAAAGUGAGAUUGAAAUUUUGCAUCAUGCGUAUAGAGAAAAAAAUAUUGAAAUACGUUAAUGAUGAAGAACGUGCUUUAGAUGAAGAAGAAAAAAGGCUUACAGAUACAAUUCGUCUUUUGAGUCAAGAACUAACCCUAGUUCAGACAGAGCAAAGUCAACUUCAUUAUUUAUUACAAGAGGCCUUAAAAGAAUCAAUGUACCAUGGAUCAAUGGUAGAGGAUACUAAAGAAUUUAUCAAAAAGGAGGAGCCAUCAUUUUCCCAGAAUUCACAAUCAAAUCACAAUAUUGAUGAUCCCGAAAUGAUAAAUAUUCAAAAUCUAGAUUUAGAUAUACUCGAUGAUUUAUUGGAAGAAAAAGUAGAAAAAACUGAAUAUGAAGUAGAGGAAGAAAAUGAUGAUCUUGUUAUAGACAUGGACAAUAUGCAAUUUUAA